AUGUUUCUAUUUAGCCUGUUACUUGGGGCUGUGGGAUUUUGUGUCAUAGCCAUAUUGCGUGGUCGUCAAAAGCCAACUCUGCCCCUUCCUCCAGGCCCUCGACGAAAGUUCAUCACCGGAAACCUAAGCGAUCUCCCGAGUCCAGGCCAACAGGAUUGGUUUCAUUGGGCAAAGCACAAGGAGCUCUAUGGGCCUAUAAGUUCACUCACUGUUCUCGGAAGACAUAUCAUCAUUCUCAACGAUGCUAAACUGGCUACGCAGCUGCUAGAAAAGCGUUCUUCCAUUCACUCAUCACGCCCCGAUCAGACGUUUCCCGAACUGUCUGGCUGGGACAAGGUUCUUGGGGCUGCGAAGAACCCAGACUACGUCCGGAAGACUCGCAAAUACCUAAGUCGGGAGAUAGGAUCGAACAAGAAUGUCUCACGUUUUGAGGAUAUCCAAACAACAGAAGUUGGUCGAUUCCUGCUCAGGGUGUUUGAUGAGCCAGAGAAGCUUCAGCAGCACAUUCGCAAAGAAGCUGGUGCAGUUGUCUUGAAAAUGGCCUACGGUUAUACAAUUGAGCCUCAUGACAGCGAUCCGCUGGUAGAUUUGGCCGAUAAAGGAAUGGAGGAUUUUUCUUUCGCCUUGCUCCCAGCCACGUGGGCCGUCGAAUUUUUACCAAUACUGAGACAUUUGCCUGCCUGGUUCCCUGGGGCAAAUUUUGCGAAGACCGCCAAAGCCUACAAAGUGAGAGCUGCAGCAUUCAGUGAUAUUCCAUACGCGUUUGUCCGGGAUCAAAUGGAGAAGGGUACUUUCGUCCCAUCUUUUCUAUCCAAUCUGUUGCAAGAACACCCAGUGAAGCCUGGUACCGAGGACGAGACCAUUAUCAAAUGGUCAGCGGGCUCUCUCUACGCUGGUGGAGCAGAUACAACUGUCUCUGCCAUCGCAAGUUUCUUUCUCGCAAUGGCACUUUUCCCUGAAGUACAACGUAGGGCCCAGCAGGAACUUGACACCGUUGUUGGCACUGAUCGGCUACCACAAUUCCGAGAUCGAGAGGAUCUUAUCUAUAUCAACGCACUGAUUAAAGAGGUACUCCGGUGGAACCCAGUUGUUCCUGUGAACUUGGCACAUGCCCCGACUCAAGAUGAUACGUGCGAAGGAUAUCUUAUUCCCAAGGGAUCAUCGGUCAUUGCGAAUAUUUGGGCAUUUACACAUGAUGUUCUUGUUUACAAUGAUCCCAUGGAAUUCAAACCAGAACGCUUCCUAGACUCUCCUGACGGCUCUCCACCAGAGCGAGACCCACAUAUGCUUGUGUUUGGAUAUGGUCGUCGAGCCUGUCCCGGUCGCACUUUAGCCGACGCAAACGUAUUUCUCACAGUCGCGCAGUCCCUGGCUGUCUUUAAUAUCGCAAAGCCGAUUCGAAAUGGUCAAGUCGAGGAGCUCUCGGUUGAUUAUCUCCCAGGUGUGAUCAGUCAUCCUACUCCAUUCACGCUAUCUAUCAAGCCUCGGAGUAUGGCGCACCAAGAACUCAUUCAAUCACUAGGGGAGCUCUAUCCUUGGGGUGAGAGCGACGCGCAGAGUCUGGCCAGUCAUAAGACUUGA